CUUCCGGUCGUUAAUCUCUAAGACACAAAAUGUGAUUUCGACGUUAUGAACUCUGAUUUUAUAAAGUUUUCAUUAUUUUCAUUUUGUUUUGGUUUGAUUUUGUUGCUCUCUUUCUAUAACAUAGCUUACGCAUUAAUCCUGAUCGGUACCUUGCUUAUAUUAUUUCACAACUCGGCAAAAUACUUCAUUCAACAAUUUUACGAAAGUGAAACAGAAAGCGGAAAAGCGCCGGGACCUUUAAUUUCAAAUUUUAUUGGCACCCAGAGCAGUGAUACUCCUCAAAGAACCUAUGUCAAUCUCAGACAAAAUGGCUUUUAUUUAGAUUUUAAUUCUGGACAGGUUUUGAACUCUGGGAAAAUGUGGAAUGGCAGGCAAAGAAACACUCCUGUCAAACCGAAGUUGAAAUAUUCUUCGCAAGUUUUGAAUCCGCUGAAUUCUACAAUGCCUGUGCUUUCAAAUGGUCACUCUCCUUUGACAUCAAGGCACGGCAUUUCUACAUAUGGUGGCAUGAAUCAAACUUUAAUGAACAGUCCUGCAAGGAACAGUCCUGCAAGGGAGAAGAGUGUUAGUGCCGCUAAUCCCAGUCGCCCUGGUGGACCAUUGCUUUCAUCUCCAUUUAUGCCUCAGAUCAAGAGAGCACUAGGCCUAGAACCCAGCAGUCAUCAUCAGUAUAGGGAGCCAAGAAGACACGGCAGUAUUAUCGGUACAGACAUGAGUGCCAGUACCACUAGGUCACCUCAGACAGCUGGGGCAUUGCCUCUUGUUCGCCUCAAUCCUAUAAGAAGACACUCCCUGACUGAAAGAAACUCCUCAAUGCUAAAUAGAAGUAACACAGUUAAGAUAGCUCCUCCAGUUGCUGGAAAAAUUUCCAGUCCAAGCUUUUCCCAGGUUCAGCCUCCAUGGUCAGAUGAUAGAUUUACUCCAGACACGCACGCUGUAAUAUCUGCUCUUAAAGAAAGAAGGAAAAGAUCAAUGAACAUCCAAGAAGAGCCAACAGCAGACACGCCAAUACAGCAGGCCAAGCGCAGACGUCAAGAGAGCCAGCACUCGAAUUCCUCGACCUCUUCCAUCCCGCUAAUGCCGGACGUGCUACCAGAUCUGACGGGUGCUGACUACGGAAUAAGGCUUGAAACACCGGUCAUGAAGAGACCCUCAAGACCCAGCCAGGAUUCCCCGUCUGAUGACCCAGCCAUGAAGAGGAUCUGUAGUGAGGGCAGAAACAACUCUAUACUGAGCAGUCUUAGUUCUAGUCAGCGAAUCAAGGAAAAACAGCUGGUUGCAAUGAUAUUGCAGAAGUCAAAGCGUAAAGCUGACAGCAGUUUUACCGAGAAGGAGAAUGGAGACUAUAGUGUGAAAUACCAGCGCCAGCAGGCACCAGAACGCAUCAACGAGCCUCCAAAGUUGUCCCACCUUGAUGUGUCUUAUGAUCAAAUGACCACCCCAAGAAGACAAGAACUUGAUUCCACAGCAACAAGGGCAAAUAAGGGAGAAAAGCCUGCUGUAUCGGAAAUUCUACAGGACAGUGUAAAUGUGGAGACACCUAAGAAAUUGGAUUUCUCCAAACCACCAACAUUGCGCAACAUGCCGUCAAUGAAGAAAACAGCUUCAGUAUACUCCGGACUUAGCUCGAAGACCAACUUCAAACAGGCGCAGUACGCCAAUGUGGUUGCUACCCUGGAUGACUAUGACUCGGACAGAGACACUGAAAAUGAGAGGGUUCAACAGAUGCUCAAGAAUAUCGAUGAAACAUUCGCCAAAAAAGAACAAAAUGCGGCUGCUGCUUCUGCCACUACUUCUGCAGUAACUUCAACUGUACCAACAGUAUCCACAGCAACCGUUACCAUAGCAACCACAAGCUCCAUAGCCACCACACAGUCUACAGGAUCUGUCCUCUCAGCCCUUGGGGAGAUGACAAAGUCACCUGUCCAGGAGACUGGAGGUGUCACCACUUCAGGAAGUGCUCCACCUGCCUUCAAGUCUCUCUUACCGGCUUCAACAGCUGUAACAUCACUAACAUCAACUGGGCUUUCAACAGGUGCAGCUGGGCAGAGUUUGGGAAGCCUUUUAGCAACAACACCAGCAAUAUCUUCUCAGCCGUCUCUGAGCACUGCAACACCUUUAUCAUCAUUGGCAGCAGCAGCAACAACAAUACCAGCCGCGUCAACAGAAGGAAGUACCUCCCCCAAAUUCAAGCCUUUAUUUGGAUCUGUGCAGCCGGUUGCACCACAGGUCAGCUCCACCCCAACGGCUGGUUUCAACUUAGGCUCACAAGCUAGCUCAGCCCCUACUGGUUUUGUCACUGGUGUUGGAUUUGGACUUACAACAUCCAUCAAUAGUUUGUCUACACCAGCAGCUACAGUGCCCGCCACAGGAACAGGCAUUGGGUUUGGGUUGGCUUCUGCCCCGGCAAGCACUGCUACCCCUUCAGGGCUAACAAUUCCUGCAACUGGGUUUUCAUUUGGUGUUGGUUCUGCUUCCACUACCACCACAACUUCACUUGCUGCACCUAGUAUCUCAUUUGGCACUGCACCAUCAACAAGAUCGCCUACACCAGCUGCUGGUUUAACAUUCUGUUCAACUGCCUCGGGCACCCCUUCAACUGGUUUGACAUUUGGUUCUACUACUCAAUCAAGCACACCUUCAACUGGUUUAACAUUUGGUUUGACUGCUCAAUCAAGCACACCAGCCACUGGUUUAACAUUUGGUUUUACAACUCAAUCAAGCACACCAGCCACUGGUUUAACAUUUGGUUCAACUGCUUUAGACACUCCUGCAGCAGGUUUAACAUUUGGUUCUACAACUCAAUCAAUCACUCCAGCUGCGGGAUUUUCGUUUGGAACAGCAGUAUCAAGCGCAGUGACUACAUUGGCUAGCCUCAGCCAGCCUGGUUUCAGUUUUGGAGCCACAGCUUCAACUUCGGCCCCUGUCUCUGCUGGAAACCAGACUGGUUUCAGUUUUGGUGUAGGGCAGUCAGGCACAACUGCGUUGUCAUCUGCAGCAUUCCAGAUUGGCAGUCAGCAAACUACAACAACUGCAGCUCCAACUUUCUCAUUUGGUUCAUCAGCACCACCAGCAGCGACCACAGCUGCAACUGCAGGAUUCAGCUUUGGAGCCCAGACAUCAGGCACAGCCCCACCUGCAUAUGGCAGUAUAGCAACAACAAACCCCUCCCAGACACCCUUCGGGGCUCCUACUGCCACACAAACCCCAUUUGGGGCCCAAACAAGCACCACCUCAGCUCCAGGGUUCAAUUUUGGAGCCUCCCAGACCACAACUGGGUCUGCUUCUCCAUUUUCAUUUGCUGCGGGUCCAACGGCUUCCACAGCAGGGAGCAGUGUGUUUGGUACUCAGCCUGCAUCUACUGCCAGCACUCCCUUUGCCUUUGGACAAGGAACUGGACCAACAACUACAGCAUCUGCCCAAACAUUCAACUUUGGGGGUUCAACACAGAGUGGAUUAGGAUUUGGCUCAUCCAGUAACACGGCUGCAUUUGGAUUAACUACAAACCAACCACCAGCAUUUGGAUCAUCAACCAAUCAGCCACCAGCAUUUGGGGCAGCAGUCAAUCCUGCUCCUGCUUUUGGCACUGGAUCAGCCAGUCAAACUCCAGCAUUCAAUUUUGGAGCAACAGCCAAUCCAACACCAGCUUUUGGAGCAACAUCCAAUCCGACACCAGCUUUUGGAGCUACCAAUCCGACACCAGCUUUUGGAGCAACAUCCAAUCAGACACCAGCUUUUGGAGCAACCAAUCCGACACCAGCUUUUGGAGCAACACCCAACCAGGUGCCAGCAUUUGGCUCAACUAACCCAGCACCAGCUUUUGGAGGGUUUGGAGCAACAACAACGCAGAAAUCUAACACUCCGGUGUUUGGAGCAUCAACAAACAAUACUGGCUCAGUGUUUGGAAGUACAAACGCUCCAGGUUUCUCAAAGUCACAGUCAAUGCCAGUAUUUGCAACAACAGCAACUGGUGGUGGUCCAUUUGGCAAUACAGCACCAAAUGUGAAUCCAUUCGGAACAGGCCAGACGACCCCAGCCAAGCAGACCGGUAAUGCAUUUGGGCAGACCAACCUGGAUUCAACCCCUAAAAGCCAGACAGGAGCCAUGUUUCAGUUUGGGCAAUCAAAUAAUAACAGUUCUGCAGCGAAGGGAUUUGACUUUGGAUCAUCAGCUGGUAGUUCUAGUCAGAACAAUGCUGGUGCAGGAUUUAACUUCAUGGCUUCAGCCAAUUCUUUCCCCGAUUUCAAUUUUGGGGCAACAGGUGCUACUCCGACCCAGAACCCAUCAUUCGGAACCCCUGCCGGCACACCCUCAUUCUCUAUGGGGGCAAAUGAGACUGCCCCCAGACCUCCCCGGGUGAUGGCUAGGGGCAGUAGGAGGCGGGGUAAUAGAAAGUAACCACUUUCCUGUUUUACACACUAGUGGAACUCCUACCAACAUUGUCCUGUGUGGCCAGAGUCCUGUAGACUAAAUUCACAGUCGACAGAGCAAAGAUGUAUGAACUGCAAUUCUGAAGUCAAAGAAAAAGAUAUAAUUACCAUAUCGAAGGCCAUGGACAUCUACAGAUGUAGGAACUAGUCACAUCUGGUUGAGACAUGCAAAUUUUGAUCAUCAACAGAAUAUGGCCACAUCUGGUUGAGGCACAGAAUUUUAUUAUCAACGACAAAUAUGUACAUAUGGUUGGGACAUAUGAAUUAGGGUUUUCAUCCUGAGAGUGUGGCACUGUAUGAAUGGAUUUAUAAAUUAAGGGUGUGGUAUUGGGCGUAAGAAAACAAGAAGAUUGUUGGAUAUGAAAUACUUGAAUAUGGAAUAUUUAAACAUAUUCCUAUAUUUGAUGCAUGCUAUAAUUAUGAUAUUGCAUAUAUAUGUGGAGGGAGAUAUACUGUAUUAUCAUGAGCAUGUUUCAAUAAUAGAAUAUAAAAAUAUUACCUUUUGGGCAUAAUUUCUGUAAUUAUUGUACUGGUACAUGUAUACAUAGUUACAUACUCAAUAUGCGAUCAUCAUGCCAUAAAUUGUACAGCGAAUUGUAAUCUCACUGUUAUAUUGUCAUGAUUAUUACAACGUUUAUUUUAUUACACUUAAUUGCUUUCACCUGAGGAAAUCUGAAUGAAGUAGAAACGUGUUGUGGGAGUGGUAGUUGUGGCAGUUAGGUCUUCUUGUUUGGAUAUUUAUAAUUGUGAUCAGACAUUCAUGGACAGUAUGGUGCUUUUACAUGUAAACAUAUUUAUUCAGAUUGUCAUUAUGCUGCAGCAACAGAUACAACAAUUUCAACAUUAAAAAUUUAUACCAGUACUCUAACAUUGAAUCAUAGAAGAUAUGUAAUGCUUAAUGAAGAGUGUUUUAAUGGAAUGUUGAUAUUUUUCCCAAAAACGCUGUAAGAUAGAUAGUUAACAAUAUGUACAUGUGUAUUAAAACAUUGUUUAUUUCUUGACUUACACAUUUUUCAUUGUACAGAUUUGUUAUCAGGAGUUUGUGCAUGUAAAUGAACAAAGCUUUGUAUAAAAAAGCUAUUGUAUCUUAUGUAUUUUAUGUUGUCUGGUUAGUGCAGUGGCACACUUGCUUCUCUAGGAGACUUAAUGUGAGUUAGGUUUGUGGUCACCAAACCAGACAAAUGGGUUUCCACGGGUUACUCCGGUUUUCCCCACAGCACUUAACCACACUCUCUCGUAACAUCGUGUUAUCGAGAGUGAUUUAUCGGUUGUUUUAAUAACUUGUUUCAUGUAAUUUCAGUUGUAUUAUAAGCACAUACUCCGCCCACUGGCAUCAAGAUUAAUCCAGAUUUCACCAACAUCAUAUUAAUUGUAUAGCAUUGGAUUGAUUUCAUGACCCUAUUAUUAAAUGCCCCAUUUUUGGCAUUUCAUUAAUGUCCUGAGCGGACUGUAAAUAUCAUGCUUGUCAUUUUAUGUACAAUAUUAAUUGUGAAGAUACACAUGUAAAUUUAGUGUAACAUAUGGUUAUUUAUUGUGACUUGGUCUUACAUUUUUAGCUUGCCUGUUGUUUUUUUCAAAGAAAAAAAAUGAGGUAUUUAUAUAGCCUUGGUGUUGUUGCCAGCUUUGCUUUCAUAUAGCAAAAAUGAAAGGUUGCUCAUAAUAAUAUCUUCAAAAACAUUUGUGUUACUGAUAUUUCCAUGAAUCUUUCCUGUACUGUUAUGUGCAGAUUAAUCAACUAGCAGACUUUACUGGACAAUAUUUGUCCAGUUAUUCCCCUUAGUUGAGGAAAUCGAACAAGCAGUUGCAUCAGUUUGGUGUGUCGUUGUUGAAGUCGAAACAGAUUUUUUAGAAGAAUACUGCUUAAAAAGCUUCAUUUUAUUAUUGUGUACAAAAUUAUAAUCAUUCUUUUUCCCGUCUGUAUGGGAAGGGUCAUAAUAUAUUGUACUGUAGUAUUGACUGUGUGUUUGAAGAACAUUGAGAAUUACAUUACAGUUGUAGUUACAAAUUUGGUGAUUCUUACCGAAAUAUUUUUAUUUGAUAAUUUUUAGUGCUUAAAACAGAUCCUGAUAAAAUGUUCUUCAAACUCUAAGCAAUUGACCAGAUGCCAGUUGUCCAGUCAAAUAAUCUGUUUUGACCAGUAGUAAGAUUAUAUUAAAAGAAAAAAGAGUAAAUGGUGGCUUUAUUAAUUGGAUUUACUGAAAAAACUUCCCUAGAACCUCGACAAGCUGCAAUGAUUGCUUGGGCGACUGGUCAAUUGUAUUUUGAGACAACUGUGCAUUUCAAGAAAUAUAUUUGAAAGAACAUGUAGAUAUAUUAUUAUAUUUUGAUAUCGUGAAAAGAACAUUUGUAGGUGUUUUAUGAUAAAUUUUAAAUCAUGUGCUUUGUCAACAAAAUCAAAGAAAUAUUCUGAUCCAGAGCCAAAUAAAUUGCUUGGAUGUCUA